AUGAUUUCAACAAUCGGCACAACAACAAUUCAAGCCACGAACGGCGGGACUCUGUCCACAACUACGGCACCAAAUUCAUUAAUCAUGAAUCCUACGUCAAUGUUGGUAGAGAUGAAAAACUUCAUUCCUUCUUCAUAUACUUUUGAAACAGAAAUACAAAGAAUAAAGCAAGAACUUUUAACAAGUAAUUUAGACUGUAGUGCAAAAGAUGAAACAAAUGGAGAGGAGCUAUAUGAAAUGCAAGAUAUCAUAGACCAUUUGCCUAAAUUACCGGAAGUUCAGCAACAAAAACUAACUAUUCCUGAAUUCGAUGAAAUUGAAGUUAAAGUUACUGAUUCAGUAGAAAUAAAGAAGUUCAUACGUAAAGUAAAUUAUGAAUUCCUUGGUUUUCAUUGCAACCAUAAAGUUAUGAACAAAGAUUGCGACAUGGUUUAUAAAAACAUUUCUGACAUAUAUAAAUCUGAGGAGUUUAAGACUUACGAUAACUUUGUUUCAUUAGCUGCUGAAUGUGUGUGGCAGAUAAGAGAUAAAGACAGAAGAGGCAAAGUAUGGAACAAACAGAUAAAACCAAC